UAAGGCCACCCCCCGUAUCUUCGCUUCGUGGGAAACGCCUCAGAUAAAAGUGCCUGCCCCGCGGUGGUGAAUUUUACUUCAUCAGGCUACUUAGCAGUAUGAAGACCACAACAACAGCGUGGGUGGUGAUCCUGGGCAUCGCGGGCGUGAUGUGUGCCCCGCCCGCAUCCGUGGUUAAUGAAGUCAAGGCAAGGCUGCAGGCGAAGUACCGCAGCGGUGACUUCAGCAGAUCAGACCACUGGGGCGUUAACAUGACUACACCCGAGUUAAUAGAAGCCUUUGGAUACCCAGUGGAGACACACCACCUCACCACCGAGGACGGAUACAUUCUGGAGAUGCACAGAAUCCCCCACGGCAUCUCAGGCCCUUCGGAAAGCCGGCCGGUGGCGUUCCUGGAGCACUGCCUCCUCUGCUCGUCAGCUGACUACAUCAUGAACGUGCCUGAGAAAGCGCUGGAAAACCACUUGCUGACCCACGCAAUUAAGGAUACGUCUAAUACCAGUUUUUCAACUUCUAAGAAUUAUCCUUUCAUCCUGACCGGAGCUGAAGCCGUUUACUAUGCUGGCUGGAGCAUGGGCACGACCGUCUUCUGGGCCAUGAUGAGUGAAAAGCCGGAAUACAACCAGAAGGUUAAAGCCAUGGCUGCUAUGGCUCCUGUUGCCUUUAUGGACCAUGCUGAAGGACCUAUUAUGUCGCUGGCUCCUUACUCUGAUGAUAUAGACUUCAUCGCCACACUCCUCGGCGUCGGAGAGUUCCUGCCCAGUUCCGAGCUGCUCGAUCACUUCGUCGAGACCUUCUGCGACGUGGAGGCUGCCACUGCUGAGGUCUGUUAUAACUUCCUCUUCCUCCUUGCCGGUCCAGAUCCUGACGAAAUUCCCAAGGACUUUCUCCCCAUAAUCCUGGCUCACACACCUGCCGGGGCGUCUGUUCACACCGUUAAUCAUUACGCACAGCUGGUCAUGUCAGGCGUCUUCAGCAAAUACGACUACGGUCUCAUAGGCAACCUGAACCACUACGGACAGAACACACCGCCGCUUUUCAACCUAAGCAAAGUCACUGCUCCCGUUGGCUUGUUCUGGGGCGCGACGGACUGGCUGGCUGAUCCCACGGACGUGGCGAGGCUCGCUGAAGGUCUUCCCAAUCUCGCCCUUAAUCACAAGGUGGAUAAGGAGGAGUUCAACCAUCUAGACUUCGGCUGGGGCAUCCACGCCGACGAACUGGUCUACCGCCACAUCCUCGAUUUCUUCGCAAACUACUGAUUAAGAAGAAGAAAAAAAAAACUCUCCCAAAAUAAAGAAAAACAACAACAACAACAACUGAAAAUCCAACUACAUCUCUUUCCUCUGCAAAAGUGUAGAAAACUGAUAUGAUUAAUGCAACAAAAUCGGGCCAUAUUGCAAUUUACUUAGAAACUUGAACGUAUGAGCAAAACCCUUGUAGUUGGGGAAAGUUUUGCUAAGUUCUCUCGGGUUCAAAGUUGCUCAAGGGCCGGAGAGUCUGCACAGAAUAUUUGAGGACCUGAGUGAGGAGAGAAUUUUCUUUCUUUCUUUCUUUCUUUCUUUCUUUCAUUCCUUCGUAUUGGAAAGUAAGAAAGUGUGAAAAUGUGUCAGGUCAUUAUCAACAGAACUUUUCUUAGAUUUCUUGUCUUACUUAAAAAAAGAGAAAAAGGAAAGAGAGAGAGAGAGA